CUCCAGGAGAUUGACGUCACGAUCCUUCGCCAUUUUGUAGUAGAUUGUAAACAUUGGAUUGAGAAAUUUAGUAUCACGUGAAUUUUGACUCAUCAUAAUAAAAAUAUUAGAGUGUCUCCGGCUAGAUUAAAAAAUUCUUUAUACAGUGAGUAAAGAAAGUGGUUCAUCUUCGAAAUGGGUUGCAUAAUUGGAACCGGACUGGCUGGGGCUGCCUGUUGCUGCGGCAGCGCUGCGUGCAGCCUGUGCUGUGCAGCAUGCCCGUCCUGCAAGAACUCGACGGCCUCCAGGAUCGGCUACUCGCUGAUGCUUCUGUUUGGCUCCAUCGUGGCCGUCAUCAUGCUGAUCCCUGGCAUCCGGAGCAAGCUGGACGAUAUCCCAGGCCUAUGCAGUGGCAUCUUUGACGGUAAAGCUCCGCCGGGGAUGGAUGUCAGCGUUUUCCAAAAAGAGCAGUGCGACCACGCUGUGGGUUUCCUGGCUGUGUAUCGUGUUUGCUUCGCCAUGGCCAUGUUCUUCCUGCUCUUCUGCGUGCUCAUGAUCAAGGUCAACUCCUCGAAGGACCCGAGGUCAAAGAUACAGAACGGGUUCUGGUUCUUCAAAGUUCUCAUCAUGAUUGGUAUCUGCAUCGGAGCAUUUUUUAUACCGGGUGGAACAUUUGGGGAAGUGUGGAUGGUGGUGGGAAUGAUAGGAGCGUUCCUCUUCAUCCUGAUCCAGCUCAUCCUGCUAGUGGACUUUGCUCACGGCUGGGCUGAGUCCUGGGUGGAACUCUAUGAAGAGACGGAGGCCAAAUGCUACUACAUCGGCUUAUUUUUCUUCACGAUCCUCUUUUACCUGAUCAGCAUCGUGGCAAUCGUCCUGUUCUACGUCUACUACGCCAGUGGAGACUGCGCCCUCCACAAGUUCUUCGUCUCCUUCAACCUGAUCCUCAUCGUCGGCAUGAGUGUUGUGGCCAUCUUGCCCAGGAUUCAGGAACACCAGCCUCGCUCGGGCCUGUUGCAGUCCUCCAUCAUCUCGGCAUACGUUAUCUACCUCACCUGGUCAGCCAUGUCCAACAACCCAGACACCAAGUGCAACCCGAACCUGAAGGACAUCAUUGACCCGCCCACCCACAACAUCACCACCGCGGCAACUGUGGGUGGAGACGCAAACGGCACUGGGACUAGCGACGGCGUUUUUGACUGGCAGAGUAUCCUGGCCCUGGCCAUCUGGCUCUUCGCCGUCCUCUACUCCAGCAUUCGCACCAGCAGCAACAGCCAGGUGGGAAAACUGACGCUGUCGGAGAAAACCAUCCUACAGACAGACACGGACACCUACAAGAGCAAGCGUAAAUCUGGGAGCAGCGAGGAUCUGAUGGUGUUCACCGUCUCCAAAGGCUCAGGAAUACCUUUACCAGGCAGCUCUGACAGCGAGGGCGACGCGGAGACGGGCCAGAAGGUGUGGGACAACGAGGAGGAGGCCGUGGCCUACUCGUACAGCUUCUACCACUUCAUGCUGUUCCUGGCUGCGCUCUACGUCAUGAUGACCCUCACCAACUGGUUCAAGCCAAGCUCUGACAUGACGACUCUCAACGCCAACAUGGCGUCGGUCUGGGUGAAGAUUGUCUCCAGCUGGCUCAGCAUCCUCCUGUACGUCUGGACGCUGGUGGCGCCCGCCAUCCUCUCCGGCCGAGACUUCGGCUAAGGCCCCCGCGGGCCGUCUGUGCGCCAGCACAGCCCCGCGCUGCGCACGCACCAUUCCGUGCUGUCGAUUUGUUAGAAUGAUGGCUGUGCUGUGUGCUGGGGGUGGGAACAGAACAGUGGUGUUCUUUUCUAACCGUGUAAUUGGUUUCUUGGAAAAAAAUUUCACCUUGCCAAAAAAACAGAAACCCCCCCAAAAAACAACUAUCGUCUCAUUUAAACGAUGAGAGAAGCAAUAGGAGAAGGUUCGCUUGCAGGUCUAUUUAUAGUACAGGCCGACUCUUGAUUUUCAUCUUGGACUGGCAGGUGAACCGCAGGAAGAGCUUAAGAACAAAACAAAAAAAAGUUGACCUGUUUCUUCCUGUUGCACGGUUAGAGCGUGAUACCAUCAAGGAGUUUCUUUGAGGAAAGCAGAACUUUACAGGAGCAUUGGGACGCUGCUGUGAUAUCAGAGUGAAUGCAUACCCAGAUACUCACAUCACAAUUUAAAAAAUGUUUGUUUGUUUGUUGUUGUUUUUGUUUUUUUCUCCAAAUAUUCAGGUUCAGAUUUGUCGUUUUUGUUUGAAUUGCGCUUUGAGUAAGAACAAGUAAGGCGUCACUGUAAAAUCCUUAUCGUUAGAAAAAUUUAUAUUUUGUAUUUUCUUUAAUUUCUUUUUACAGUUUAAGAAAUAUUUCUGCAGUGAUAAGUCGUGCAUCAUUUUGCUGUCCAUCUGUUUGGUUAAGUGUUCACACUGCUAUGAUUGAUCGCAGACUCACUGCCUGUCCGCCAUGUCUCUUAUUGCUGUCCCCUGUGGACCCGCAAUUUCUAUGUGUGUUUUAAAAAGUGACUGUGGCCUAACUGAUAUAUAGAGACUCAAAUACAGCUGCUGUAACAACACCAUAAUAAAGAAUUCUUUACUCAGAAACGGUAGGGGCAACAGCAAAGGUAGGCAGCUGAAAUAGAACUGUGACCGCAGCAAUUGCAGUAUAGGCUGGAGUGGGCUAAGUCGAUUCAUGGCUCUAGUUGUCAGCUGUACACAGAAUGUGUUUGUGAAAUGCUGAACGCCUUGGCCCCUUUCGAAACAACAGGUAGGCCUACAGUUGAUGUUAUUUUUUUUCUGGUGUCGCAACCAAAAGGUGGCUCUUUUUUCGAUCAGUUAUUUUCCCCUUUUUUUUUUUCCUGCUCAUGACCAAAUAGCAUCUAGCAAGCUUUGCACAAAACUGGAGACUCGGAGGUAGUGUGAGAAAUCACUAUUAUUUUUGUUUUUGUGAACAUUAUUAUCUUUAUUUUCAUUUUUAUUAAAUUUUUUUGUUGUUCCUAUUUUUUCCUCAACAAGUAUUUAAAUAAAGACAAGAUGGUUGUUGUGAAAUCGUACCUAAGUAGAACAAGAGUUUGAUCAUUUUGUUUUGUUUUUUCUCGGGAGGGGGGUGUAAAUAAUAUCUUUUAGAGUUGAUCACUAAAAGAAAGUGAAAAGAAUAUUCUAUGUGUUUACUAUCUCCGUUUGAUUUGGCAAAGGGUUCUCUUGUCUGAAUCUUUUUAAAUGUCAUUUCCUUUGACAACCACUUAAGUUUUAAAUAUGAAAAAAGGUUUGUGUCCUUUUUUUUAUACACACCUUUACUGGCAUCUGAUAAAGAAUUUCUACAAUUUUGUAAAUGCAAAAAUGUAAAUGGAUGUUGUAGAUGUAUAUAUAUAAUGUGUGUCUUGGUUGUUUGAUUUUUAUUUUUUUUUUGCUCUUCACAAAUAAAACUUUGGAAUGAUA